AUGCUGCUGAAACCCAGGAAGCUCUCUUUGAUUAUAAUGCACCAUCUGGUGGAUACACACAUUGCAUUACAAUGGUCCGAAAUAAUCAACUUCUUGUGCAAAUGCUGGAGACUCCUGUUGUGUUCUUUCUCGAGGGGUCUAUUGUUGACUCUUGCUGGCAUAAGAGGUGUAGGAGUUUCUGAUCUUGUGCCUGACAUUGAUGAAACCGUUUCGCUGGGUGCUUCUGUAUCUGAUGUCGAGGAACCAAAAUUGAAUGUACCAACAGGGAAUCGAGGAAAGAAGGGGCAACUGAAAUCACUUGCUGGGGAUGCAUGGGGGAAACUUAUUUCUCAGUCCUCGCAGGAUCUUGUGCCUGACAUUGAUGAAACCGUUUCGCCGGGUGCUUCUGUAUCUGAUGUCGAGGAACCAAAAUUGAAUGGACCAACAGGGAAUCGAGGAAAGAAGGGGCAACUGAAAUCACUUGCUGGGGAUGCAUGGGGGAAACUUAUUUCUCAGUCCUCGCAGGUGGGUGAUCGGCACUUUACGGAUAUUGUUUAUGGAAAUAGAAAUGGUUUUUCCACUAUAUUGACUGAACCACUUAGUCUUGAGGGGGAGCCGAUGAUCGUACAGCAGAAUCGUGGAUAUGGCAAUCUUAGUCUCCAGGUCGACAAUCUCCCUGGUGGAUCAAAAUGUUUUGAGUUAGUUUUAAAGUUGUGUUAUGGUUGGAAGGAAGCUCUCUUUGAUUAUAAUGCACCAUCUGGUGGAUGCACUCAUUGCGUUAUAAUGGUCCAAAAUAAUCAACUUCUUGUGCAAAUGCUGGAGACUCCUGUUGUGUUCUUUCUCGAGGGGUCAGGUCUAUUGUUGACUCUUGCUGGCAUAAGAGGUGUAGGAGUUUCUGAUCUUGUGCCUGACAUUGAUGAUACCGUUUCGCCGGGUAAUCUUCUCAAGGUAUGA